GUAAAUGUCUAUGUCCAAAUGAAGACCUAGCACUAGAAAAAUUUCAUUGUUGGUUUAUGACUGGUGUUACCCACUGGCUCGGCAUUUCAAUUGUUAAGGCAUUAAAUCGAAUUGAUAAAGCCAUUGAGUUGGACCGAUUGCAAGCUGUCGAUGACACAGUGAAAUAUAGUUCAUCUGCAGUGGAUACUCUUGCGAUAUUUUAUCAAAUAAAGACAUUCUGGCAGCAACUAGAUUGGCCAGAUGUGGAAGGAUCAUAUACCUUUGUAGCAAAAAUUAUAGACGAUGUUUGUCGCUGCUGUGUAUUUUAUUCAAAAAGGAUGUCGCGGCAUGUUGAAUCUCAAGCUAGAGAAGACGAUUUAUUUACUGUUUCCACAGAAUGGUGCUUUGCUAUUAAUAACAUCGAUUAUAUUAGACAAAGCUUGCCUGCGUUCAUUAAGGAGUUGGGUGCUGAGGACCUCAUUAAAAAAAUAUCUGAUUUCCGUACGAAUCUUGACGCGGAUCGUUGUGCUACCACAAUAAAAUGUUUAAUCGACAAUGCUUUAGAUACACAAAGAAACCAAAUUUCUGAGCUUAUUGACAUUGUAGCCAGGCGAAUGGCUCCUUCGAUUAGACGAUUUUUAGCAGAAGGCGCUGAAGUUUUACAUAAGGAUUCUAAUUCUAUGGAAAAACUCCUAAUGUAUAUGGAAACAUCCUUAGAAACAUUAUACGAUACUUUGAAUGAAGUAAACUUCGAGCGGAUAUUAGAUGCAAUUUGGACUGAAAUAUCGGUUGUAAUGUUCGACCUCAUACAAUUAAAUUUAGAUAAACGACGCCCGCCCUCAUUUUUCCAAAAUUUAAAACAAACGUUAGUAGUGAUGACAUCAUGUUUUAAAGUUGGAAAUAUAGUAACAUCAGAUAUCGAGGUCUUAAAAGAAGUUGAAAAAGCAUUGGAUUUACAUGCAUUUGAAAGCGCUGACUUAAUUCAUCAGUAUUAUAUUGAAUUGCUGGGAAAACAGAAUAGUAUUACGAGGUCUGAAUUCGGUCAGCUAACAAUAAAAGCUAACUUUACGGAGACAGAUUUACUGCUUCAUAUUUUAAAUGGCAGAAAUUUGGUUCCCAUGGACCCAAAUGGGUCGUGUGAUUCGUUCGUUAAAAUUCACUUUUUUCCUACGAGCAGAUUCGUUAAUGUACCACCAUAUAAAACAUCAGUCCACAAUAAAACUCGUUUUCCUUUAUAUGACGAAAUAUUCAAAAU